AUGGCACCGCCAAUUCUCUCGCUGAGCAAGAUGGACAGUCUCGAACCCAAGGGGUCGGGUUCCGAUUCGGAUUCGGGCGAGCUCAUGGACGCGGAGAAGGGCGGCCGUCCAGGUCGCUUCAUGGCCAACACGCCCAUUUCACCUACCUUGUCUUUCCGUACGACCCCUCGAUUCGCGUUUGAUGCCCCGGUUCAGCAUGAAACCCAUCAUCGUCACCCCUUUUCACGCGCAAAUUCCAUCGCAGGCCAUGCUCCCGCCCUGCAGCUGCCGGUCGAGUUCCGGACCAUGACCAUCAACGUCACCGAGACGCAGACGCAUCCGGAGAACAAGGACGAGAGCAAGAAGAAGAAUCCUGCCGUGGGACUUGCCGAUGUCGAGUGGCACAAGCUUUCGUCCGAGGAGGUGUGCGAGCGUUUAGGGGUUAGCCCCGCGGUCGGCUUGGACCUUGAGAUGGCGCAACGAAGGCUCGCAAAGGAUGGCAAGAACGUCAUCUCACCACCACCACAGAAUUUGCCCAAGAAGGUAAGUCACAAGUCAUAUCGCGCGUAAUCGGGGCUUCCGCGCCGGAUAAUCUUGAGGGGGGAUGGCUGAUCUGGCCCUAACCGUGCGCGUGAUCUAGAUCUUCUUCUUCAUGUUUGGAGGGUUUGGUACUCUUCUCUUUGGUGCCGCCGUCGUCUGCAUCAUUGCAUGGUAAGUCAUGCCCUUUUGGCGCUCCGAGAGCUCAUGGGUGGACUGAUACAGAGUCCUCGGUCCGUGCAGGAAACCGCUCGGGAACCCUCAUCCCGACCCUUCCAACCUUGCCCUCGCGAUCGUACUCCUCAUCGUCAUCGCAUUGCAAGCCUUCUUCAACGCAUGGCAGGAUCACUCGACCGGUCGUGCGAUGGCAUCCAUUUCGGGCAUGCUCCCGUCGGACGUGCUCGUCUGCCGCGAUGGCAACACUUUCAAGAUCGCGGCUGCAGAUCUCGUCUCGGGCGACAUCGUCAAGAUCACGCUCGGCUCCAAAGUCCCCGCCGACCUUCGACUCAUCGAAUGCUCAUCCGAUUUGCGAUUCGACCGAUCGAUCUUGACGGGUGAAUCGAACCCCAUCUCGGCCACGACUCGCAACACGGACCCCAACUUGUAUGUGCCCCGCUCGCUCACAACCAAGCAGAGUCUGCGCACUGACACUGGCGUCUGACGAUCUUGACUUUGUCAUUAUCUCUUUUGCAGCAUGGAAUCCCACAAUAUCGCCCUCCAGGGUACCUUGUGCUUAUCUGGAAGUGGUCUCGGCGUCUGCGUCGCUCUCGGCGAUAACACUGUCUUUGGUCGCAUCGCCAAGGCCGCCACGGGUGCCCGACCCGUCAAGACCUCGCUCGAAGUCGAAAUUUCGCGCUUCGUUCUCAUCAUCGGCUCGCUCGCUUGCGUCGUCGCGCUCAGCAUCGUCAUCUUUUGGUUCGCGUUCUUACGUCGCUACUACCCCAGCUUCAUCAGCGUCUCGGCGUUGCUCAUCAACUGCGUGUCCGUCGCGGUGGCGUUCGUUCCCGAGGGUCUGCCCGUGUGCGUCACCGUCAGUUUGACCGUCAUCGCGGGAUCGAUGAAGAAGAAGAACAUCAUGUGCAAGACGCUUUCCACCGUCGAGUCGCUCGGUAGCGUUGACGUCAUCUGCUCGGACAAGACCGGUACUUUGACGCAGAAUCGCAUGACGGUCACCGAAGUCGUCAUCGGUGACAGCGUGAUCCACGUCAAGGAGGCUCAGCGCAUGGUCAUGAACAAGGCCGAACAUCCCAAAGGUGCCGCCGUCGAGGUACUCGCCUCGAUCGCUGGUCUCUGCAACGACGCCGCCUUCGAGUCGGACGACACUGGCCUCCCCACGCACGAGCGCAAAGUCAACGGCGAUGCCACCGAUACGGGACUGUUCCGCUUUGCCGAGGAUGCUGUCGAUUCGUGCACCAAGUUGCGCGAGUUCUGGGUGUGCGUCGGCAAGCUCGCGUUUAACAGCAAGAACAAGUUCGCGAUCAAGGUGUUCCAGCCCCUAACCGCGCUCGAGGUCGAUAUCGUCGCCGCGCCUGCUAUUGCUGCGGAUGCGUAUCGCCCCGAAGACUACCUGAUGCUCGUCAAAGGCGCACCCGACGUUUUGAUGAAACGUUGUUCGACCUACCUGACCCCCGAUGGGAACGUUCUUCCCCUCGACGAAGCGGCGAUGGCUUUCAUAUCGGAGCGUCAAAUCGAGCUCGCCGGACAAGGCAAGCGUGUGCUCAUGCUUACCAAAAAGAUCAUUCGCGCCAAUCUCGUCAAAGACAAUAUUGAUGACGAAGACGCGCUCAUGGAGUUCAACUUUGACUUGACGAUCGUUGGCCUUGCGGCACUCGUGGAUCCCUUGAAGGAUGACACCGCCGAGACCGUCCGAGUCUGCCGCGGUGCUGGCAUUCGCUUUAUGAUGGUAAGGCGUCCUGAGCUCCACCCACACAGUCAGUGUUCGAUGACUUGACUGAAAAAGGUGUUCUAUUACCUUUACAGGUCACGGGUGACAUGUCGGUGACAGCCGUGUCGAUCGCUCGUUCCGCCGGGAUCAUCACGACGAACAAGGUGCACGGACUCGAGGACCUACAGCGAGAUCUGCUCGAGGGGAUGAUCGAGCCCUACGACAUCGACACCGUCGCGAACCGACAUCUGCGCGCGAUUGCGCUCAGUGGUGCCGAGUUGCUGACCAUGACGGCAUCGCAAUGGGCCCAAGUCGCGACUUUUGACGAAGUCGUCUUUGCGCGCACGUCGCCGCAGCAAAAGUUGCAGAUUGUCAAGACGUACCAAGAAUCGGGCUCGACGGUCGCCUUGUUCGGAGAUGGUGUCAAUGAUGCUCCUGCUUUGAAACAAGCCGAUGUCGGUGUCGCCGUUGCGGGAGGAUCCGAAGUUGCGAUGGAAGCGGCCGAUUUGAUCUUGCUUGACGACUUUAGCGCCAUCGUCGUUGGUAUCGAAUCCGGUCGCCUGUGCUUCGAGAACUUGCGCAAAUCGAUCCUCUACUUGUUGCCGGCCGGAUCGUUCUCCGAGUUGAUGCCCGUCUUGCUCAACGUCUUCUUCGGCUUGCCUCAAGUGCUUUCCAACAUUCAGAUGAUCUUGAUUUGCGCCGUCACCGAAUAAGUUUUCAGCCGCGUACCCUGUUCUUUUCAGGAGCCAAGUCACUGACCCAUCAAUAUGUCCCCAAUCCUUCAGUGUGCUUCCCGCUCUUUCACUUUGCUACGAAAAGCCCGAAGCCGACCUACUCUCUCGCAAGCCCCGAAAUCGCAAAAAGGAGCGCCUCGCAGACGCCAAAUUGAUCUGCCACGCCUACUUCUUCCUCGGCAUCAUCGAAUCCCUCACAUCCCUCGUCGGUGCCUUCUACUUCGGUUUCCAACGCAAGGGCGUUCCCUUCUCUUCACUGUGGCUCAAUUAUUCCGAUGCACCCAUCGAUCCAAGGAUGUUGGCGCAUGCGCAGUCGAUCUAUUUCUUCAAUUUGGUCAUCAUCCAAUGGUUCAACCUUCUAUCGACGCGCACACGGCGAUUGUCAAUCUUCUCCCAACCUCCUUGGGGUUCCGAACGCACGCGCAACUACCGCUUGUUCCCAGCUAUGGUCGCGGCACUGUUACUCGCCGUCUUCUUCUCGACCGUUCCCUUGUUGCAGAGGGUGCUCAAAACCGCUACGCCCGGGAUCGAGUACUAUGGGUUGCCUCUCGCUUACGGUGUGGCGAUCCUCACGCUGGAUGAAGUGCGCAAGGCGAUCAAUAGGAGGUACCCCAAGGAGUUGAUGGCGCGCGUCGCCUGGUGA